GCUGCGAAUUUGGUUGUGUGUUCAAAAUUACGUAAAAUGAUAUGAACCUUUUCUAAACCAUUUUUUUUUUGUCAAAAAAGCAUUUUCUUCCAAAAAGUGUAUGUGCAGUUUUUGACUGAUUGCUGUCUUUCUGCCGAGUAAAAACUAAAAAACGCCGUUAUGACUGCAAUGUUUGUCAACAAACUUAACAUGGGAUUAGUUAACCGAGUUAUCAGUAAUGUUCGUUUAAUCUGUUCUGCUCAUGGACAUGAUUCACACCCUGAAAAGGAAGAGCCUUCGUUGCAUGGGAAAAUGCAGAGGACGGCAUUAUACCAGAGUCAUAUUCCUACUACACUCAUCCAGAAGAUUCUCCUUACCCUGGGGUCGUCUGUAGUUUCAAUAAGUGAUCCAUAUCGUCAUGAUAUGGUAGCUGUAUUAGGUGAAACUACCGGAUAUUUAUCGGCUAAGAAAAUCAGAGAUAUAAUGCUUCAAGACGUUGAAGGUAGUGCCAUAUUAAGUGACCGACCAAGAAUAAGCUCUGAAACCAUUGAUUUUCAAUACUUGAAAUCACUCCCAGUAGGAACAUUUGGUCAUGCAUACAUGAAAUUUCUGAAUGAUAAUAAAGUUACUCCUGAUACAAGGCAACCUGUGCAUUUUGUUGACGAUGUUGAUUUAGCCUACAUUAUUCAGCGCUAUAGAGAAGUUCAUGACUUUGUUCAUACAUUACUCUGUAUGCCAACAAAUAUACUUGGUGAAAUUGCAGUGAAAUGGGUUGAAGCGAUUCAGACUGGUCUUCCAAUGUGUGCUGCAGGAGCUCUUUUUGGUCCUCUUCAAUUGCGGCCAAAACAAAGAAAACUCUAUGUAGAAACAUACCUUCCUUGGGCACUGGAAUGCGGACAUAAAGCCAAGUUUCUGAUGAAUGUUUAUUUUGAAAAGAGAUGGGAACAAAAUAUAACCACUUUAAGAACUGAAUUAAAUAUUCCUGAGCCCCCUCUCUGAAACGCCACUGUCAUUAGGAUCUAGACAUGGGCUAUUGAGAUUAGAUGUUCUUUUUUUUGGAGUAUGUUAUGAUCUUAAAGGCAACAUGCUCCAAUCCAUAUGUACAAAUAAUAAUGUAAAAACGAGUAGUAUAUUUUCGUUUUUGCAGAAUGUGGAUGGAUACCCGACACAAGGAUCUGUAGCACAGGAGUUGAUGCAAAGAGCUGCAAAUGUUGUUAUUAAAGAUGAUACAGCAAUAAAAACUUGCCAAAGAAUGAGAUAUUUGUCAUUUGAUUUUUUAAUUUUUGUAAAGAAAUUGAAAUACUAAA